AUGCUCGUCCUGGAAUCACAAGGUCCAUCGAACGUCAUGGAUUUUACCACUUUUCUCGAUCACAAUUACGAUCGGUUCCAUUCCGUCAUCCAAAAUACGAAGAGUCGUGGUCCUCGAACAGAAGAUCUGGAACUUGAGAUCCUCCAUUCAGGAGAGAAGAGCCUCCAAUCUUAUGUUCACAUUCGUAAUUCAAUCCUGGACUUCAACUUCAAUUCUAGUCCACCGAUUCCCACUCCUGAUCAAUCAACGUUCAACACCUUUCAGAAACUGGAUGUUGAUAUGAACACUCUGAUAGAGAAAUGGGUAGACAUGACCAAGCCAUAUAAGACUGAAUGGUCCAGAUGGGCUGUCAAGACACUACGUCGAGCCAUCACUGCUAUAGAUACUUUCCAUAUUUCCAGAGAAGCUGUUAACAAAGCCGAUACCAACUCAGAGGACUAUGAGUAUGAUGCUGAGAUAAAUCUGAUCCAGAGUCUCGGGGAUCUUCAAGCUCACGAAAGUGAAAUAACCAAAGUACUGGAAUUGUCAGGUGAAGAUAAUCCCAAACAAAGCUUAUUGGCCUCUGAGUAUACGGAAUUUCAAAUCGCUCUGAAAGAGUAUAGGGAUAACGGGAGGUUUGAUAUGGAUGAUAUGGGUGAAGCGUUGGAUGAUAUCUGGAUGGAUUUGUGA